AUACAGUAUAUACUGUGAAUACAUUGUAACACCUUGGAUUCUUUACACUGAGGUUAUUUAACACUGCAUUGCCAGUUUUUACCAUGGAUCGUGUGAUUACACGGCAGUUUAUGGAGGAUCGUGCUACCGUACUAGAUGUUCUUCCGGUGACAUGGCAAGUGAAGAUGCCUGGUCCUUAUUAUUGUGUUACAAUGAAGAUGUCCCGAAUAAAGCAUCUUGUUUUCAGUUUUGAAUCUUUAAAUGCCAGAGAUCUGCUCCCAGUUGCAGACUUUCCAGAGAGAAUUCUUAAACUGGAUUUAUCUCUUAAUGAACUGGUGGAAUUGCAGGCUGACACUUUUCAGCACCUAAAGAACAUUCUGGAACUCAAUGUUUCCUUCAACGUCCUGACCAGCAUUCCUGGGCUCACCAUGCUGCCUAAUCUGCUUGUUCUAGACCUAAGUUACAAUGCAAUUACACAUAUGGAGCUGUUUAAAACCUGUUCCCGACUGAUCUUUCUCAACUUGUCCCAUAACAAAAUUAGAACUAUUAAGGACCUACCAUCACAUGCAAACCUCACCCAGUUGCAUUUGAACUCAAAUAAGUUACUCUCUCUUGAUGGCAUUCAGAAUCUUCCCAAGCUGUAUGAACUAUAUGUUCAUAAUAAUGAGAUCUCCAGCCUGCUCCCUCUCUCCGCCUCACUGUCACUCAAUGUGCUUGAUGCCUCCAAUAACCAAAUCAGCUCCUUGUCAGACACACUGCAAGUCCUGCGUGGGCUUCGUCGCCUCACACAACUCAAAUUAAAAGGAAACCCUCUGGCUAUCAGUAUUAACUACACUACUACACUAAGACAUCAGACAUCUGUGCGUAUCCUGGAUAACUGUGUGUUGAGAGACCCUUCUGAAAUUGAGAGUUCACUAGUGUAUUAUUCACUACUUAGACAAUCACUGGACAGUCUACAUGAAGGAGAAUACACUUGUGAAGGACUGAAGGAUGUAGUCAAGAAAAAUCUAAUCAAGAAACUAAAGAGUAAACAGGAUGCAGUAGAGAAUACAAUCCAUCAUUUCCACAGCAGUAUAAUGGAUCUACAGGAAGAGUUAAUAGACUUUGAAGAUAACCUGAGAAGAGAGACGGAAAACUUUAACAGAUAUAUUGAUGCCAUUCCACAGGAAGAUCUCAACAGUAUGGACCCACGCAAGGUUCAAAGUGCUACUGAGCAGUUUUUAUUUACUAAGUCCUGGGAAAGAAGCCAACAUGGGAAGAGGAGGUCUGGAAAUGUGCCCUUCAAAGAUGUCACAGAAUCUGAGGAGGUGCUCAAGGCUGCAGCCUGGUUGUUGUCACAGUCUCCAAAAUAACACAAGAAAUGAGAUGGUCCAUGAUCAGUUGCAGUGAUAGAACUGUGUCCCACAUCAUACUGUACAUCAUCUGCCAUGUGACCUGAGGAGGGGGAAUGAAGUUAAUAAUAAUGACUCUGCUGUGAUCAUGAAUAACCUGUAAUUACUGACUAAUAGCUGAACAUAUGAGUGGGUCCAUGAACUCUAUGAAUUAUAGUGCAGUUAAUAUGUCAAAUGUUCAUGAUUCAAAACGUGUUCAAUUACUUUCUUAGCUAAUAUGCUAUGUAUCAUAUUUACCAGUUUAAGCUUCAAUCAAUAUGUCGUUAUGAGGAAAACUCAACAAAUAGAAUUUCACAUGCUGUAAUAUGUCAUAUGUAACAUGUGUGUGUUUGUGUGUCAUUUAAAGGAAAAGUAUUUUAAAACAGUAUUUGACUUUAUAGUUCCAAUAAACAUGUCAGUAUAACUUGUUCUGCGCAGGAAAUCCAAAACCAAUAAAAAUAAAUGUCUUUGUUUGUAAUUAACCCUCAAUGUACAUGUAUCACUGACAUUACUAUUGCGUUUUGCCUGUUAAAAAAUAAUAAUAAUAAUAAUAACAAUUUGAUGUCACCAAUUUCUUGUUGCUAUGUGAAGAGCAUAUACUGUCCAUAUAGUAUAUAUAUACUGUAAUGCCAAAUUGUGCUCUUGCCCACCCAGGAUGUCAUUGCGUAAUAAGUAUUUACUAAUAUUUGGGUGUGGUUACCGAUCUGCAAGUUUUAAAGAAAUUGGUGACAUGUAGUUAAAUGUACAAGCUGUCUCUUGGGUGAGUGAUAUCGUGCAUGACUCAUUAGCCAUAAUAACAUCACAUGUCUGAGUCACCAGACUAAAAGUUCAGGCUGAGUAGACUGCAGGCGCAUGUUUACUUGUCUCUAUAAAAGGGUCUGUAUAUGCUCAAGUCUGUCACUGUUAUUGGAGUUUCCCAGUGCUAUACAGCUGUACAGUACUUAGUCCAGGAUAGAGUGAUACCUUAUCAUACUGAAUGCUGUUUAUCUUCUAUCACCUAUAUCAUCUUAUCUUCAAUAAAACCUACUCUGGUUUGGAGUCA